AUGACCGAGCUCCGCAUCAAGGAUCGCGACGUCGGCUCGUUCGGAUCCGGAUACGCCACCUUCACCUCGCAGGAGUCCGUCGAUAAGGCGUUGGCCUACGAUUGGAAGGAGAAGUUCGGAUCGACGUUCGCGCUUUAUCCUCAGUAUGAGAUUGUCAACACGCUCUGUGUCGCGCGGCUUCCUCAGGACGUCGGGCCUGAGCAGGUCAGGGCGCUCUUCGCUUCGUGCGGGGAGAUCCUCGACGUCAAGGUUCAUGCGCCCCGCACCGGUCCAGCGGAGGGACGAUGUUAUGCGCAUGUACUGUUUGCGUCGCCUAAUUCGGUCAACAACGCCCUUCACGAGCGCCUCAGGCUCAAUAAUCGGGCUUUGAUACUUACUCAUGCGGUACGAUACGAGUGGAAGACGACCGAUUGA